AUGUCCACUGCAACGACUGUGCGGCUGAUUUCUCUGACCCUGUGUAUGACGUCACUGGUCAGUCGUGGCUCCGCUCAAGUGGUCAGUAAUCAUGUCCAGGAUCCGGGGGCAAAAGGCGCCAAAGUGGUGGAGGCGGUCAUCCAGACGAUAAAAGACGUGUGUCUCUUCAGCGAUGACUACGACUUCCUGAGGCGUCUGGCGUUUGUGGAGACCCAGGACGGAACUGACCGCAUGACCUAUGUCCAGGGUUUUGACGGGGGCAUUUGGCAUAUUGACAAGUCCCGCUUUGACAGGACCGAGCGGGAGUCCGCUCGCCUCACAGCGGAAUACGCCCUUAUCAAGCAGAAAUUGGGCAUUGAUUGGUUCACUGUUCAGUGGGCGGAUCUGCUCAAACCUUUAUACUCCGGCAUCGCUGCAGCCAUGUUACUGAAACUGGACAGCGCCCAGUCACCGCUCCCCUCUGAUGUCACAGGCCAGGCCAGCUUCUGGUCACAGAAGAUCCACCCUGGGAAGCCCGCGCAGGAGUUUAUCAACUCCACAGCUACCAUGGAGAAGAACUGUGCUCGAACUGGGAACAUCGACCUUUUGUUCGUGGUAGACACGAGCUCCAUAGUGCAGCAGUGGUCGCCCGUGGCAGAGUUCAUGAAGACCGUGGUGGCCUCCCUUGACAAGGCGAAUGGCUUGGGGCCCAACGCAGACAGAGUUGCCCUGCUUACCUACAGCAACCGGGCUAUACUGGCUUUUCCUUUCAGCAAGAGUACGGAUCUGCAGUCACUUACAACGUUGUUAGACCUGGCACCGAGGAUUGGCGGGACCUCCAACACCACAGACGCUCUCAAGAUGGCGCGCUCCCAGGUAUUUCCGGCCGGCCGCGCAGACGCAGAGAAGGUCAUUGUGCUCAUCACCGACAGCAAGUCGGACGACCCCCUGUCCGCCAUGAAAGAGGCGGUGCCGCUCAAGAAUGCGGGCAUCAUGAUCUACACCUUGGGCAUAGGCCCUGGAGCCAGCAGUAGCGAGCUGCAACAGUUUGCCAGCAUCCCGACAUGUACCUUCAGCUCUGUCAUCUCUGGCGUGGGGGAUCUCAACAACCUCCGGCUCAAACUGGGCCGGGUCUCCUGCCAGGCUCCCGAGAACCUGCAGGUUGGAGAGUACACAUACCCGUGCUCGGAAGAGUUUAGGGGACAGCUGCCUCCCAAACACAAAGUCACGCAAGCAAUCAACUUCUCCAGCGACUUAGUCAACAUGUUUGACGUGGGCGGGGACAAGCACCGAGUGGGCGUGGCUUGGUAUGAUAAGACAGCCCACGACUUGCUGUCACUCAAGGAUAGCUCCAGUGUUCCUCAGCUUCUGUCCAAGCUGCGACAGCUGUCCCCUGUGACUUCCCUGACACCGGCCCAGACUGACCUCUCCGCUGCCCUCAAGUGGGUGCGUCAGACUGGACUGUCUGUCCAACAUGGCGGCCGUGACGUCACCAGCAAGACGCUUGUGCUGGUUACCAAGGGCGACCCGGGGGGUUCGGCUGCUGUGACACAGGAGGCUGCACUUCUCCACACCGCGGGUGUGAGGGUGAUUGUCCUUGCCGUGGGCAGCACGUUUGAUGACCCGACCUUGACCUCUUUAGCCUCGACGCCCAUGCGCGUACACAAGUCAGCUGACCUGGCCAACCAAUCAACGGACGCAGUCGCAAAGACGGCUUGUACAGACGUGUCGGUCCAAUGCGUGGAGCAAGGUGUGUCCAGACCGUGCUCUCAAGAGGACCUCAUCAACAGUCAGUACGGGAACCAGGUAGUGGCUGACAGGAACCUGACCGUAAACCCCUGUGUCCUGCCCGCUGUCCCAGGCUUGCCUCCUAUUUCCAGAUUCCCUCACCCUAGCCACCGGGACCGUUUCAUCAUCUGCGACAGUAAGCAUCAAGCCUACAUAGUGUUAUGUCCCUUGGGAGAACUCUACAACGCCAGCAGUGAGGAGUGCGAGUACUCCCCCCUGGCCAAUCAGCUUCCGACGUCCACGCCACAUGGGGCGGUCCUCACCCCGGCGGCAUCAACUUCCGGGACGACCCCAUCUCUUCCAGUGACCUUGACCUCUGCGACCCCGAGUCCCGCCACAACGACCAAGCAGGUCACCACAGUAGCUGCGUCUAACCCCUGCACUUACAACAAUAUCCUCAAAGGGAACCGUCUCCAUCCCUACCCAUUGGACAACACCAUGUACAUCAACUGUACAAACGUACCUGGAAAGAUGAACGUGGUGCCUUGCCCAGCCGGAAAGUCCUGGAUGCAAGCCGUCAAGAGCUGUAUGUACACCUGCCUCAUCCUGGAUAUAAACAAAGGCCAGGUCGACUGCUCCCUGCCAAACCCAUGCGGGGGAGUGCUUGUCUAUUACUCUCACCCUACUGACGUCACAAAGUACAUCCAAUGCAACCCACUGCAGGAGGCGUUUGUGCACACAUGUCCUCCAGGCCAGUUAUGGAAACCCUUGCUGCUCACUUGUGACAUUGCCUGAGGGGAGGUUUUGAAUAUUUUAAUAAUCCAGUUUGGUCGUAAUCCCUCCAUGUCACUCAAAGGUCAACAGCAGCAACGUCGACCGUCUUAACCGGUGUGGCAGGGUUGUCGACCUCUAGCUAUACUUUCUUCUGGCGUGAUAAAGACGUCUUUUGACACUCUAAGCAAGGUCUGGAGAAUUAUGUUUAAAAAGAAAAUAAAGACAAUUUCUUCCAUACGUC